AAUCAAUGGCCAAGAUUUCAUCUCUUUCAUCCAUCUAGGGUUUCUCAGCACCCCCUUUCAUAUAUAAAUUACUUGCAGUUCAUUUCCUUNAAAAAAAGAAACCCCCCCAAAAAUUCUAUCUUUAUUUGCAUUUAUCUUUUGCUACCCUUAAAAAUUUAUCACAAUUCAUUUUACCAUCAACCAAAAACCCAAAAAAAUUAUCAAUUUUGUUUCAGUUGCUUCACCGUUAGCUUUUUUUCUGUGGCAUCUCUACGAGCAGUAACACAUAGAAGGAAAAAGUUAAAGAAAAGCCCAAAAAAAGAGUAGGAGAUCUAUCUUUAAUCGGAGGAUUAUGGCGCAGAUUCAGGUGCAACCCCAGAAUGUGGCGACUCCUGGGCCAAAUGGUGCGGCUGCCGGCCAGUUUCUGUCGACGUCUCUGUACGUAGGUGACCUGGAUAUCAACGUGACGGACUCCCAGCUCUACGAUCUUUUCAAUCAGGUUGGGCAGGUUGUCUCAGUUAGGGUUUGCCGUGACCUGAGCACUCGACGUAGCCUUGGCUAUGGUUAUGUUAACUAUAGCAACCCCCAGGAUGCGGCAAGAGCUAUGGAAGUUUUGAACUUCACUCCCCUCAAUAACAAGGCAAUCCGGGUCAUGUAUUCUCAUCGGGACCCAAGUGUCCGAAAAAGUGGAACUGCAAAUAUUUUUAUCAAGAAUUUGGAUAAAUCAAUCGACAACAAAGCACUGCACGACACUUUCUCAAGUUUUGGGAAUAUACUUUCCUGCAAGAUUGCUACUGAUCUUAAUGGCCAAUCAAAGGGUUAUGGAUUUGUCCAAUUUGAAACUGAAGAAGCUGCACAAAAUGCUAUUGGUAAGUUGAAUGGGAUGCUUAUUAAUGAUAAGCAAGUGUAUGUUGGGCAUUUCCUACGUAAGCAGGAGAGAGAAACUGAAAUCACCAAGACAAAGUUCAAUAAUGUGUUUGUGAAAAAUUUGGCUGAAUCUACUACUGAUGAUGAUCUGAAGAAAAUCUUUGGUGAAUACGGAACAAUCACAAGUUCCGUGGUGAUGAGAGAUGCUGAUGGGAAGUCAAAAUGUUUUGGAUUUGUCAAUUUUGAAAAUGCUGAUGAUGCUGCUAAAGCUGUUGAAGCUCUAAAUGGGCAGAAAAUUGAUGAAAAAGAGUUGUAUGUGGGGAAAGCCCAGAAGAAGUUUGAGAGGGAGCAAGAUCUGAAAAAUCGUUUUGAGCAGACUACUAGAGAAACUGUUGACAAAUUUCAAGGGCUUAAUUUGUAUGUGAAGAAUUUGGAUGAUAGCAUUGAUGAUGAGAAAUUGAAAGAACUGUUUUCGGAGUUUGGUACUAUUACUUCUUGCAAGGUCAUGCGAGAUCCUAGUGGGAUUAGCAGAGGUUCUGGUUUUGUUGCCUUUUCAACUCCAGAAGAAGCUUCUAGAGCUCUUUCUGAGAUGAACAGCAAAAUGGUGAUAAGCAAGCCACUCUAUGUUGCACUUGCACAGCGUAAAGAAGAGAGAAAGGCAAGAUUACAGGCUCAGUUUUCUCAGAUGAGGCCUGUUGCCAUGCCAGCAUCAAUUGCUCCUCGUAUGCCUUUGUAUCCUCCUGGUGCUCCGGGUAUUGGUCAGCAGCUAUUCUAUGGGCAACCUCCUGCUAUGAUACCUUCCCAGACUGGAUUUGGCUAUCAGCAGCAGCUGGUACCUGGAAUGCGUCCAGGUGGCCCUUUGCCGAACUUCUUUGUGCCGCUAGUCCAGCAGGGCCAGCAGGGCCAGCGUCCAGGUGGCAGACAUGGAGUGGGUGGAGUUCAACAGCCUGUGCCACUAAUGCGCUCACAAAUAAUGCCGAGGGGGAGGAUGCAGAGGUACCCUCCCAGUCGUAACAUGCAAGAUGGGCCGAUGCCGGGUAUUGGCGGUGGGAUGCUUUCAGUGCCAUAUGAGAUGGGUGGCACUGCUUCUGCUGCUAUUCCACAGCCCAUGCCCAUUACUGCACUUGCUUCUGCUCUUGCUAAUGCAACUCCAGAACAGCAGAGAACAAUGCUGGGAGAGAAUCUGUACCCACUGGUUGACCAGCUGGAGCACGAGCAUGCUGCAAAAGUGACGGGAAUGCUUCUGGAAAUGGACCAGACUGAAGUUCUGCAUCUGCUGGAAUCACCUGAAGCUCUCAAAGCAAAGGUGGCUGAGGCUAUGGAUGUCCUGAGGAAUGUCAACUCCCCUGCAGAUCAGCUUGGCUCUCUCUCCCUGAAUGAUAAUCUCAUUCAAGUGCAAACCCAGAAUGUGGCUGCUCCUGGAUCCAAUGGUGCGGCUGCGACCCAGUUUCCGUCGACGUCUCUGUACGUAGGCGACCUGGACGUCAGCGUUACGGAUUCCCAGCUCUACGAUCUUUUCAAUCAGGUUGGGCAGGUUGUGUCAGUUAGGGUUUGCCGUGACCUGAGCACUCGACGCAGCCUUGGCUAUGGUUAUGUUAACUAUAGCAACCCCCAGGAUGACUCUCACAUUAUGAUUUGUGCUGAAAAGAAUUGGGAGAAAUGGUUAAAUGCGCUGCAUUUGAGUAGUCAAUGGGUUUUGCAUGCGGCAAGAUCUAUAGAAUUGUUGAACUUCACUCCUCUCAAUAACAAGACAAUCCGGGUCAUGUAUUCUCAUCGGGACCCAAGUGUCCGAAAAAGUGGAACGGCAAAUAUUUUCAUUAAGAAUUUGGACAAGUCAAUUGACAACAAAUCACUGCACGACACUUUCUCAAGCUUCGGGAAUAUACUCUCCUGCAAGAUUGCUACAGAUCCUAAUGGCCAAUCCAAAGGCUAUGGAUUUGUCCAAUUUGAAACGGAAGAAGCUGCCCAAAAUGCUAUAGAUAAACUGAAUGGCAUGCUUAUUAAUGAUAAGCAAGUGUAUGUCGGGCCUUUCCUUCGUAAGCAGGAGAGAGAAACUGCAAUUAUCAAGACAAAGUUCAAUAAUGUGUUUGUGAAAAAUUUGGCUGAAUCUACUACUGAUGAUGACUUGAAGAAAGUUUUUGGUGAAUACGGAACAAUAACUAGUUCCGUGGUGAUGAGAGAUGCUAAUGGCAAGUCAAAAUGUUUUGGAUUUGUCAAUUUCGAAAAUGCUGAUGAUGCUGCUAAAGCUGUUGAAGCUCUAAAUGGGAAGAAAAUUGAUGAUAAGGAGUGGUAUGUGGGGAAAGCCCAGAAGAAGUAUGAGAGGGAGCAAGAGCUGAAAAAUCGUUUUGAGCAGACUACUAGGGAAACUGUUGACAAAUUUCAAGGGCUUAAUUUGUAUGUAAAAAAUUUGGAUGAUAGCAUUGAUGACGAGAAACUGAAAGAACUGUUUUCAGAAUUCGGUAGUAUCACUUCUUGCAAGGUUAUGCGUGACCCUAAUGGGAUUAGCAGAGGAUCUGGUUUUGUUGCCUUUUCAUCUCCAGAAGAAGCUUCUCGAGCUCUUUCUGAAAUGAACAACAAAAUGGUGAUCAGCAAGCCACUCUAUGUUGCGCUUGCGCAGCGUAAAGAAGAGAGAAGGGCAAGGUUACAGGCUCAAUUUUCCCAGGUGAGGCCUGUUAUGCCAUCAUCAAUUGCACCCCGUAUGCCUUUGUAUCCUCCUGGUGCUCCUGGUAUUGGUCAGCAGCUAUUUUAUGGACAACCUCCUGCUAUGAUACCUCACCAGGCUGGAUUUGGCUAUCAGCAGCAGCUGGUACCUGGAAUGCGCCCUGGUGGGCCCAUUCCAAAUUUCUUUGUACCGCUAGUCCAGCAAGGUCAGCAGGGCCAGCGUCCAGGUGGCAGACGUGGGGUCCAACAACCUCAGCAUCCUGUGCCGCUAGUGCAAUCGCAAAUGGUGCCGAGGGGGAGGAUGCACCGUUACCCUCCAGUCCGUAACAUGCAAGAUGGGCCUAUGUCUGGUGUUCCCAGUGGAAUGCUCUCUGUGCCAUAUGACAUGGAUGGCAUGCUUACUGGAGAUGCAACUGCUGCUGCUAUUCCGCCACCUAUGCCGAUUACUGCACUUGCUUCUGCUCUUGCUAAUGCAACUCCUGAACAGCAGAGGACGAUGCUGGGUGAGAACCUGUACCCACAGGUUGACCAGCUGGAGCACGAACAUGCUGCAAAAGUGACGGGCAUGCUGCUGGAGAUGGACCAGACUGAAGUUUUGCAUUUACUGGAAUCACCCGAAGCUCUCAAAGCAAAGGUGGCUGAGGCUAUGGAUGUCCUGAGGAAUGUCCAGCAGUCCAACUCUCCUGCUGAUCAGCUUGCCUCCCUUUCGCUCAAUGAGAAUCUCGUCUCUUGAUGACUUCUUUGUGGGUUCUGUAAGUGAUUUCGUAUGUUGUGGCCGUGCAUGCUUACGUAUCAACUUUUUUUUUUUAUCUAGGAAUUUUUUUUCGGAGGUUUUUUGCGACUUUCUUGGGAUCAUUUUGUCGCUGAUUUCUGAGAUUGUGUUGUGUUUGGAUUUCAGUAUGUUCGGGCUUUGCUUCCUCUAUCCCAUCUAUUUCCUCUAUACCAACGUUCUCUUUUUUCUCCAUCUCUAUAGGUGAAUGCCCCUUUUUCU